AUGGCGCAGCCAACCAAGCGUCCGCAAACGGACGAGGCACGCGAGAACCUACUGGCUUCUGAUGCAUCGGCACUCUCGACGGGGACGCCAGAAGAUCUCGCCCAACGGUUGAGGAACAUUGGUUCACGCGUCAGACGGAACGUCAACCAAGGCUACCUCACGGCUCCCAGUUCUGCAUCCUUUACCAAAGCACAAUCAACAGGGUCGAUAUUCCGCUCGAUGAAUGAUACUUUGCACGACGUCUUCGCAAAUACCCCUUCAGGCGUGCUGAAUGACCAACUGCCAUCGAGGAAGCGCGCUAGGUCUCACUCACUUACGGAAUCCGAGGAAAGAGAAGACAGCACGGUACCGAUGGAUUUACGAGAAGAGAACAACUCUGAGAAUGACCAAACGCUGAACCAGACGAGCUCUUCUCGGCCUAUGAAACCAUUGCGUAGUGCCCCCCGCAUUCUUCUCCAAACCCACUCUUUGCCAAACGGUGCCUUGUUCCUCGGCGAAUCUCACCGUGCGCCUCCUGGACGAUCAAAAACGGUGGAAGAGGAUGAUUGGAGUCAUGACAAUUCAGCUACCUCGGAGCAACCAUUCCAACCUAUGACAUUCUGA